AUGGCAGAUCCGAUAAAUGGUAAUAAUGGGGGUGAUGUUGAAGACCAAGCUAAUGGCCAGGAUCAACCUGCCAGAACCUUGAGGGAUUAUGUAUUGCCCACCAUUACAGGGGUUCAGUCUUGCAACAGACCACCCACUGUAGAUGCCAAUAAUUUUGAGAUAAAACCUGCCAUUUUGCAAAUGGUUCAAUCUACUGUUCAGUUUGGGGGACUACCAACUAAAGACCCAAACAUGCAUCUUGCUAAUUUCGUUGAGCUCUGUCAGACAUUCAAGAUUAAUGGAGUUAGUGAUGAUGCAAUCAGACUUAGAUUAUUUCCAUUUUCUCUGAGGGAGCGAGCCAAGAGUUGGUUGGUAUCUUUGCCACCUAACUCAAUCAAUACAUGGAAUGACCUUGCACUGAAGUUUCUCUCCAAGUUCUUUCCCCCAGCUAAGCUGAGGGGGGAGAUCAACAAUUUCUACCAACUGGAUAAUGAAUCUUUAUGUGAGGCGUGGGAGAGAUUUAAUGAUCUGAUAAGGAAGUGCCCGCAUCAUGGGAUAGAGAGAUGGAUGUUAGUCCAUAACUUUUAUAAUGGGUUGUGUGGUACCACUCGCACACUCAUUGAUGCAGUAGCUAGUAGGGCAUUUAUGAGGAAGAGCGCCAAUGAGGCGUAUGAUUUGUUAGAAGAAAUGGACAUUAAUAAUCAACAGUGUCCAAGUGAGAGAGGUAACUCGAAGAAAGUGGUUGGUUUGCAUAAGAUUGAUGCAAUAUCUAAGUUAAUUGCUCAGGUUGAGGCUUUGACUAAACAGUUGCAAGGUAGUACAAUGACAGCCCCCGUGAUGCAAGCUCAGACUAUGUGUGAAUUGUGUGAAGGUCCUCAUGCGUAUGAAAAAUGCCAAUACGCGGAUAGUUUCAGGCCUCAACAACAACCACCUCAACUGCCUAUGAAACAACAACAGAAUCUUGUGAGACAGCCUGAUACCCAGUCUGAUGUUCUUAAUCAAUUCAUGACUGAGACGCGGUCUUCUAUAAGAAAUUUGGAGACUCAGAUAGGGAAAUUGGCUACUCUUAUGGCCAACCGUGCUCAAGGUAACCUGCCUAGCACCACUGAAGUCAAUCCAAAAGAACAGUGCCAGGCUAUUACAUUGAGAAGUGGGAAUAAAUAUGAAGGGGCAAGUGUGGAACAGUCAAAUGAAGACAAGGUUCAGGAUCAACAGGAACAGGGCGUAGUGGAAAAGAAGCAAGGUGAAAACAAGGUUACUGAAGACCUCCCAACCAAAGAAGCUACACCACAAGUGAGCAUAGACCACCACAUCAAGAUUCCCUACCCACAAAGGCUCUGUAAGAACAACCUUCAUAAGCAAUUCUCAAAGUUCCUUGAAAUAUUCAAGAAAUUGCAUAUCAAUAUCCCAUUUGCAGAGGCCUUGGAGCAAAUGCCAAGGUAUGUUAAAUUCAUGAAGGAUAUUUUGGCCAAGAAAAGGAAGUUGGAGGAAUAUAAGACAGUGGCACUUACUGAGGAGUGCAAUGCAAUCUUGCAGUAG